CAUCAAAGCACUCAAAUAAAAAUAUUCCGUGGAAGGAAGAGUGAGGAAGAGAGAAAGAAGAGCUCAGCUUCCAAGGAGAUAAGGAUUACUUGAAUGUCAAUUUUUACUCCUGUGGUUGAGGGUGUCUGAGUUGUAAAUCAUCAGCAGAAGUGGUUAAUUAAGACUCUUGAACCCCAGCCAGCGAUAACCCAUCCUGGCCAUGAGCCCUUCUCUUGGUGCCAGGCAACAGAGGAGAUAACCGGCGCCACGGGGCAGCGGCAGCCACGCGGCCAGGCGAGGCCAGCACCAUGGCCUCCGGGGCGCCCGGGGAGCUGCUCCGGGAGGAGGCCCGGUGCUCCGUGUGCCUGGAUUUCCUGCAGGACCCCAUCAGCGUGGACUGCGGCCACAGCUUCUGCCUCCGGUGCAUCUCGGAAUUCUGCAAGAAGUCGGAGAGCGCGCAGGGCGACGUGUACGCCUGUCCUCAGUGCCGCGGCCCCUUCAGGCCCGAGAACUUUCGGCCCAACCGGCAGCUGGCCAGCCUGGUGGACAGCGUGCGGCAGCUCGGGCUGGGCGCGGAGCCCGCGGGGGCGCGCCAGUGCGCGCGGCACGGCGAGGACCUGAGCCGCUUCUGCGAGGAGGACCAGGCACUCUUGUGCUGGGUCUGCGACACCACGCCCGAGCACCAGGGCCACCGCACGGCGCCGCUGCGGGAGGCCGCCAGGAGCUACCAGGGAGUUUUCCAGUUGAUCCUGCAGGUCCUCACAGUCUGCUCCACACAGGUGAAGCUGCAGAUGGCGCUGGAGCUGGUGAGGAAGGAGAUGGAGGAGGCGAUGAUGCAGGAAGCCAAUGUGGGGAGGAGGACUGUGCUGUGGAAGGAGAAGGUGGAGAUGCAGCGGCAGCGCUUCAGGUUGGAGUUUGAGAAGCACCGCGGCUUUCUGGCCCUUGAAGAGCAGCUGCAGCUGCGGAGGCUGGAGGAGGAGGAGAGAGCCACCCUGCAGAGACUGCGGGACAGUAAGGACCAGCUGGCCCAGCACAGCAAGGCCCUCAAGGAGCUGGCAGAGGAGCUGGAGGAGAGGUGCCAGCGCCCAGCCCUGGGGCUGCUGGAGGGUGUGCAAGGAGCCCUGAGCCGGUUCUCUGCUCUUCUCAGAAGUAAGGCUGUGAUGUCGCUGGAACCAGAGACCAUCCCCAUGGAACUGAAGACCACGUGUCGCAUCCCUGGCCUGCGGGAAAUGUUGAGGAGAUUCCAAGGCAUCAUCGAAUCCCACAGGUUGAGGGCCUGGUCCCGCAAAGCUGUGCCCUGCUUCAGGAGCAAGGAACAAGCAGGCUGUGGCUUGUGCCUCUGACCAGCCAACUGCAAAGCAGCUUUCCCGGGACCCGCUCUAUGAGCGCGGUUUGUUUGCUAGAGCAGCUCCCAGAACUCAGACCCUACUCACACUUGGUCAGUUAUUGUACAGGGUGUUGCAGAGGAUGGGGACCAGAAGCCAGGUGGAGGAAACCAACAGGGUGGUAUGGG